AGGGCGUGUAGGACGCCCUCUAAAGCCUUCCCUGCACCCCACCGGCCCCCAUGGCGCUUCCCGGCUCCUCACACGACCAGGCCUGGGGCUUGGAGCCGCCCGCUCCCGCUGCUCCUACCAACUCGUCCUCGGGCUGCCAGGAGCGGGAAGGCGCCGGCAGCCCGGUGGUGUCCGGGGGGCUUCCCCUGGAGAAGGUGAAGCGACCCAUGAACGCGUUCAUGGUGUGGAGCUCCGCGCAGCGCCGCCAGAUGGCGCAGCAGAACCCAAAGAUGCACAACUCGGAGAUCUCCAAGCGCCUGGGCGCGCAGUGGAAGCUGCUGGGCGAGGACGAGAAGCGGCCCUUCGUGGAAGAGGCCAAGCGGCUCCGGGCGCGGCACCUGCGCGACUACCCCGACUACAAGUACCGGCCUCGGCGCAAGACCAAGAGCGCGGCCGCCGGGCCGCCCCACUUCGGCCAGGGAGGCGGCGGCGUGGCUGGCGGCGGGCCGGUCUGGGGUCCCGGGUACGCGACCACGCAGGGGAGCAGAGGCUUUGGGUACCAGCCGCCCAACUACUCGACAGCUUACCUGCCUGCCGGUUACGGCUCUUCCCACUGCAAACCAGAGGCCUCGUCGCCGUGCUCCCUCCCUCAGAGUAACCCGAGGCUCCAGGGUGAGCUGCUCCCCCACUACAGCCCCUACCUACCCCCAGGCUCCCCCACUGCGUACAACCCUCCCCUGUCAGGGACCCCCAUGCCCCUGACCCACCUCUAACUCUCAUGAACAUGGACCUCCCAGGAACGGCUUCACUCUCCUUUUUCACCCAGAACCUCCCACCCCAGGCUG